AUGGCCCCGCAUCCCCAUCUAGGCUACGCCAACCCGGUCGUCGACCACGACUUUCCCGACCCGGGCAUCUUCUACGACCGCCAGGCCGGCACCUGGUACGCCUUCAGCACCAACGCCAACGGCAAAAACAUCCAGUGCAGCUAUUCGACCGACUUUUGCUGCUGGACCCACCACGACAAAGACUGCCUGCCCGAAUCCCUGCCCCCUUGGACCUCGGGCGCGCCGGGCUUUCUGUGGGCCCCCGAAGUCGUUCCCGCCCCGCAAGGCAGGGGCGGCUUCCUGAUGUACCUCACCGCCCAGGACACCCGCUUCCGCAAGCAGUGCAUCGGCGCUGCCUAUUCGCAACACUCUCCGCUCGGACCCUACCGCUGGGUCUCGAAUGGUCCCAUCAUCAGCCGAGGCGCGACCGGUGGCUGCAUCGAUCCACAGCCGUUCGACGACCCCGUCUCGGGCAGACGGUUCCUGGUCUUCAAGAGCGAUCUGGACAAGAUGUACACGCUGCAGCCGCAGCUGUGGCUCCAGGUUCUGUCAGAGGAUGGCCUGACGCUCGAGGACGACAUGGUCCCGCUGCUGGCACCCACAAUGGACUACCAGUGCAAGCUGCUCGAGGCGCCCUACCUGACCUAUCACCAGCCCAGCGGCACCUACGUGCUCUUCUACUCGAGCGGCACCUUUUCGAACAAGAGCUAUGCGACCUCGUACGCCAUCUCCCGCAACGGCAUCUGCGGUCCGUACCAGCCCGCUUCCGGACCGCUGCUCUGCACCGACGAGGCGCGCAAGAUCUACGGCCCAGGCGGAGCGUGCAUCGUCGAGGGCGUCGAGGGGCACACGUUCAUCGUCUUUCACGCGCUGCAGCACGAGGGCGGCCCUCGCAAAAUGUGCAUCCACCGUCUCGAGUGGACGCCGGAUGGCAUCCCCUACCUCCCCGGCCGACCCAACUGCGGCAAGCGGCUGCGCCUCUGCGCGGAGCAGGAAGACGACCAGGAGCACUUCCGCCACCACCAGCAUCACCAGCCCAACCCGGUGCCCGUUCCCGAGGCGGCGACCCACGGCGUCUCUGGAGGUGGCCACGGUGACCAUGACAAGUACAAGAACCUCGCCAAGAAGCUCGGGGGUGCGCUCAAAAAGCUGGGCUGA